AUGCUCAGCGUGUGGCAAGAGCCUGAGGCACAGAUCCGACUUUCACGUUCCUCAGAGAAUCCGUAUGAAGGCAGUGAAGAGAUGCUGUUGAAUCGUUGUCUUUUCAGAAGUGUGGAAACGGCUGCUGCGUCUACAGUCCAGGAGGAGGUGUCCGUCUCUUUCACGGAGGCAGAAUGGGCCCUGUUGGAUCCAGACCAAAGAGCACUGUACAGGGAAGUCAUGCUGGAGAUCUAUAGGAAUGUGGCGUCUCUGGAUAAAUCUUUUGAAAGCUCGGAGUGUGGAAAGAAAUUCAAUCAGAAUGGCAAGCUUCAGCAGUGUCAAAGAACUCACAAAGAGGAUAAACUGUCUGAAUGCACAGUAGGUGGAAAGAAAUUCGGGUUCAAUGGCAAUCUUCAGCAGCAUCAAAGAACCCACACAGGAGAGAAACCUUUUGAAUGCACAGAGUGUGGAAAGACAUUCAGUGACAAGAGCAGUCUUAAACAGCAUCAGAGAACCCACACAGGGGAGAAACCUUUUGCAUGCUUAGUAUUUAGAAAGACGUUCAGUGACAAAAGCAGUCUUCAACAACAUCAGAGAACCCACACAGGGGAGAAACCUUUUGAAUUCACAGAGUGUGGAAAGAGAUUCACUCACAGUGGCACUCUUCAAAAGCAUCAGAGAACCCACACAGGGGAAAAAACUUUUGAAUGCACAGAGUGUGGAAAGAAAUUUAGUCGUAGCAGCAAUCUUCAAAAGCAUCAGAGAACCCACACAGGAGAGAAACCUUUCGAAUGCUCAGAGUGUGGAAAGAGAUUCAGUCAGAGUGGCACUCUUCAAAAGCAUCAGAGGACCCACACAGGAGAGAAACCUUUUGCAUGCUCAGUGUGUGGAAAGACAUUCAGUGACAAGAGCAGUCUUAAACAGCAUCAGAGAACCCACACAGAAGAGAAACCUUUUGAAUGCUCAGAAUGUGGAAAGAGAUUCCGUCAGAGUGGCAGUCUUCAACAGCAUCAGAGAACCCACACAGGGGAGAAACCUUUUGAAUGCUCAGAGUGUGGAAAGAGAUUCAGUCACAGUGGCAAUCUUCAAAAGCAUCAGAGAACCCACACAGGGGAGAAACCUUUUGAAUGCUCAGAAUGUCGAAAGAGAUUCAGACAGAGUGGCACUCUUCAACAACAUCAGAGAACCCACACAGGAGAGAAACCUUUUGAAUGCUCAGAGUGUGGAAAGAGAUUCAGUCAGAGUGGCAACCUUCAACUGCAUCAGAGAACCCACACAGGGGAGAAACCUUUUGAACGCUCAGAGUGUGGAAAGAGAUUCAGUCAGAGUGGCAGCCUUCAACUGCAUCAGAGAACCCACACAGGGGAGAAACCUUUUGAAUGCUCAGAGUGUGGAAAGAGAUUCAGUCAGAGUGGCAGCCUUCAACUGCAUCAGAGAACCCACAAAGGAGAGAAACCUUUUGAAUGCUCAGAGUGUGGAAAGAGAUUCAGUCACAGUGGCACUCUUCGAAAGCAUCAAAGGACCCACACAGGAGAGAAACCUUUUGCAUGCUCAGCGUGUGGAAAAAGAUUCAGUCACAGCUGUACCCUUCAAAAGCAUCAGAGAACCCACACAGGAGAGAAACCUUUUGAAUGCUCAGAAUGUGGAAAGAGAUUCUGUCAGAGUGGCAAUCUUCAACAGCAUCAGAGAACCCACACAGGGGAGAAACCUUUUGAAUGCUCAGAGUGUGGAAAGAGAUUCAGUCGGAGUGGCAGCCUUCAAAAGCAUCAGGGAACCCACACAGGGGAGAAACCUUUUGAAUGCUCAGAAUGUGGAAAGAGAUUCAGUCACAGUGGCACUCUUCAACAACAUCAGAGAACCCACACAGGAGAGAAACCUUUUGAAUGCUCAGAGUGUGGAAAGAGAUUCAGUCAUAGUGGCAACCUUCAACUGCAUCAGAGAACCCACACAGGGGAGAAACCUUUUGAAUGCUCAGAGUGUGGAAAGAGAUUCAGUCAGAGUGGCAGCCUUCAACUGCAUCAGAGAACUCACACAGGGGAGAAAGCUUUUGAAUGCUCAGAAUGUGGAAAGAGAUUCAGUCACAGCGGCAAUCUUCAAAAGCAUCAGAGAACUCACACAGGGGAGAAGCCUUUUGAAUGCUCAGAGUGUGGAAAGAGAUUCACUAACAGUGGCACUCUUCAAAAGCAUCAGAGAACCCACACAGGAGAGAAACCUUUUGAAUGCUCACAGUGUGGAAAGAGAUUCAGUCACAGUGGCACUCUUCAAAACCACCAAAGAACUCACACAAGGGAGAAACCUUUUGAAUGCUCAGUAUGUGGAAAGAGAUUCAGUCAGAGUGGCAACCUUCAACUGCAUCAGGGGACCCACACAGGGGAGAAAACUUUUGAGUCCUUAGAGUGUGCAAAGGGAUGA